AUGAUUCAUUUGGCCAUUUUCAAGACGCCGCCAUUUGAGAAAGGUCGCAACGCACGCAUUUCUGCACCAUGUCGCACGCUUCAAUUCGUUUUGAAUAAACGGAGUGAUCUUGUGGUCGCUGAGGCUGAUAUGCGAGGAGUGCGAUGCUUGCAACAAUGUGUAGAGCCAGGCGGUUGUGUCUAUACUUUUGUACAGGCCGUGAGGUGGGUACCAGUUGUGAUCAUAUUAGCUGCACUAUGUUGGGGUUAUUACGCCUAUGUUUUUGAAUUGUGUAUAAACACUGUUCGCAAUGAUGUUCAGCGGGUACUAUACUUACUUUUCUUUCACAUUUUUCUCAUAUUAUUCAGUGUAUCAUAUUAUCGCACAGUUUUCGCUCCAUUACGGCUGCCUCCCUCAAUUUUUUAUCCUGAUAAAGAAUGCUUGAACGAAUUAAUGGCUUGUGAACGUGACGAACAUCUAGAGCAGGCUGUACUAGCUCGAUACGUUUCAAUACAUCGAGUACCUGUUAAAACAAGGGACUUUGCAAGGGGUAUCCGAUUUUGUCCGAAAUGCAAGUGUAUCAAACCAGAUCGAGCACAUCAUUGUUCUAUCUGCGGACAGUGUGUUUUAAAAUUUGAUCAUCACUGCCCAUGGGUAAACAACUGCGUGAACUUCUACAAUUAUAAGUUUUUUCUUCUGUUUAUGGGCUAUGGGUUUAUCUUCUGCCUAUAUGUGUUCUUCACGGAUUUGCCAUAUUUUAUCGAGUUUUGGACGAAAGACAUGCAAAUGCAUAACCUGAAGGCAAGCAAAUUUCACCUGCUCUUUUUGGUUUUCGUCUCUGGAAUGUUUGCCAUAUCGCUAUCGUUCCUCUUUUUCUAUCACCUCUGGUUAACUGCUAAAAAUAGGACGACUGUUGAAUCAUUUCGUGCUCCAAUGCUCGAAGGAGGGCCAGAUAAACGAGCAUUCGAUCACGGUAUCCGUGCCAACUACAGAGAAGUCUUCGGCUACGAUAAGAAAUUGUGGUUUUUACCAGUGUUCUCCAGUGGUGGAGAUGGUUCAGUUUAUCGUACAAGGCAGCAGGGUGUAUAUGUAUACGAUACGGCGGCUCGAACACACACCACCUUAUCACCCACAACAGACCAACACAGCUCCUUAUCAGAACAUACACAGAGCCGACGAGAAAACUCGUCCUCUGUUCUUGGAGAUGGUGUAGUGUUCGAGCGAUGGGAAAUAGGUGGAAGUCGAGCCGUCGCACGAUACUCGUUACUGGCACAAGUCGAAGCAGCCGAGUUACUCGCCGCCGCAGCCAGCGACAGCGAAGACGAAAUCAUCUGAAGCAGCUGGGUUCUCUCUCCUCGUUCUCGUUUUUGUUAGAUCUGAUCUGAUACUACCGUAUUCUCGCCUACCAAAACUCUCAUCCCCUCUCUGGUUUUCAUUUGUUCUUCAGUGUAACUGUGAUAGAACCGUUGAUUUGAUUUUAUAUCUGCUGAUUUAGCCAACUUCUUUGAUCUAUGUAUUGUUACAAGGUAAUGGUAAAGAAUGUCAGUACUACCCUCGUUUUCAUGAUUUAUCUUCUAAAAAUUGUUUGUGUGCCUAUAUACUAUUUCAGAAUUGGGACUAUGACUGAUUUUUGGUCUCAUAAAUCGUUAUAAGUAGCUGUUAUCUCCGAG